AUGGCCGAGGUCGAGGAAGCGGAGAAGAUCAUUGAUGGGAAUUUACCUCUUAAGAUCUCGAUGUCCGCCUCGCACGCAGUGGAGGUAAACGUAUGGCACGUUUUCAGCAUUCGAGAAAUUCUCGAUCAGUCUGGGUCCGUUCCGUCUUCCGAACAUCGAACUCUUUACGAAGGGGAGCUAGCGGCUCAAGAAGUCCGAUGA